AUGGGAAGCCGUUUGUUUCAUGGCACUCGGGUUGAACCCGAGCCCGCUGCUGAGCUCACUGUUUCACUGCUGAACGACCUCCGUAGCGCUGUUGAGCUGGAUCUUGGAGACGGAUGGCAAGCGCUGGAGUCUUGGCAGUCUCGCCAAAUGGCGAGGGAAGGCUUUGCCAUCCGACUCAGCGCUGAUCGAACACGGAUGUGGAGGAUAGGCACGGAUGAAUUGGUCUCACAGGGCAAGAAUCUCCACACCUCUAAGGAUUUAGGUUCAUUUAGUGAAGAAAUGAAGGCAGAGGCACACAAAGAAUGGUCCGAGAUGUACCUCCAAGACGUGCCUGGUGGUGGAGUUCAAUUGGUCAACGACCUUGAUGCUGCAGUAGAAGUGGACAACGGCCGUGGAUGGCGCAUCUUGUAUCCCAAUCGAAAGCGUGAGCUGACAAAAGAAAGCUUCAGCAUCCGCUUGCGAGAGGACCCAGCUGUCAUGUCCACCGUUGGCCAAGGCUGCGCAUUGGGUCCGGAGUCGUGCUUGCGCACGUCAAAAGACCUGGAAGUGUUUAGCUCCAAAGCAAGCAGCUGGGUCGCCAACGAGCAGAAAGCCGUUCAGAAGGAGACAGAAGAGCGGCAACGCAGGAAGAAGCUGUCCGACGCCAAAGUGGAACGGACCGCUCGAAGGGCUGCAAUCAUCUGGGUCUUCGUGAUAGUGUGUGCCGGCGUUGUUAUCAUUCCGAGCUUCGCCUUCAUGGGCCUUUUGUCUCAAGCUUGCGCCGGACUUGGCAUGGCACUGCUGUGUUUUCUCCUCUACCUGGCAGCUUCAAGGAUGGGAGGGUGUGUUCGCUUUUGCGAAGCGGUUGGAGGGUGCGCAGCUCUGUGUAGCAUUGCGGCUGGAGUUGCUGCGAUUGUCGUGCUCGUCGGUAACCUUGAUGGAACGGAGGAUCCGGAGGAACUUCUCCAACACCACCCCAGCAUGUACGCCUUCUGCCUCUUUGUCGGCGCUUUUUGUGGCACCUGGGCUCGCUCGAUCUUGCCGGAUGGCCAGACGCAUGGUUCUCUUCGCGAAGGUUCCCGCCGGUUGGUUCUAGAGGAAACCAUUGUGUUUCAAGGUACGGUGAUGGAGGAAAAGGGGAAGCCAUGCAUCACUUCUUGGCCUGGCAAAUAUGCUACGGCUUGGGAUUGCUUGGUCGAGAGUGCACGCGUUGGGGAGACGAGUGCCGCCGUGGUUUUCCUGCCGGAAGGCACAAAGGAGUUUGGAAAGCACAGCAACAUCCCGAACUCCGAAGGUUUGGUGGGUGAUUGCUGGUGUACCCCUCUGUACGGAGAGCAAAAGCCUUGGGGCUGUAGGUGGUGGGCAUUAUGGAUUGAGAAUGUUGAGAAAGCGGUACAAUGCGGCGCUGAGCUCCACGUGUAUUUCUUCCAGCAAGCAUGUGGGCAGGGUAAAGUGGAGAACUUUGACACCGCCGGGCAAGAGAAUCUCAGAAGGGAAGCCAUCUUCGCGAGAAUGAACGAGUUUGAGGAGUCUGAAGAAUAUCGAUGCGCCAACAACGCCGGCAUCGAGAAUCUAUGCAAAAACAAGCGCUACGACUCCUCCUCGCAACACAGCAGAGAGAAACACAGACUCUUCCUACAGUGGCUCCCGAUUGCAGACGCACGUUUGGGAAACUCGCAGAAAGCAGAAGUCGCAUGGCUAGAGCGGAAAGGAUACCGCUACAUCGAGGUUGACAUCCGGAGGUGGCUGCAGCCGGAUGAGCCCCAGAAGAAGAUCGCGAUGGAAUGA